GAAUACACAUAUCCCAGCAUUACGGGACAUAGCCGAUAGACAGCCGCAUAGACUCCAAUUUUACGACAUUACUUCUACAGCAAGGCGGAGCAGAUUAAGGACUAUCGUUCAGACAUAUUCAGACGGCCCGACUGUACGUCAUCUCUUGCUCAAUAAAGACUAAUGCCAGAUCACAAGGCAUCAUUCAAGACCGAAUACUACAAGCUAACUUUAGACUGCAUUGGCAACGUAAAAUAUUUGCGCCUUUGCUUGAGAUUUUAACACGUACAUACAGUAAACGGUAGUCGUCUUCGUUUGCUUCUUGUUUUCUUCUUGAAACCGAAGUAGUAAAAAUAAAUAUCUUAGCUACGCGACUAUGUUGAACUUGCGCGAAAAACUAUUGCUUUUUUUUGUAUUUUUCAUACAGCUUUCCGAAGGUGCAGAAAUCACCUGCCCCAGUCCAUCUGUGGCCCAUGGUGUGAUGAUCAAAGGAGAUGCUGCAGUGUACAACACAGGAAACAAGGUGAUCUUCAACUGUGCUAAUGGAUUCGUUCUGAGGGGGACCCGGAAAAUCACCUGUGGAUCAGAUAGCCAGUGGCAGCCCAAAGCCCCCACAUGUGUGCCCUCCAAAAUUAUUAAUGGCUGCAGGGCACCACGCACCUUCCCCAAUAUGGUCUUAACUGACCAUUACCUGUUACAGAAAGACUUUCCACCAAAUUCUGAAGUCCGCUACACGUGUACCUUGGGAUACAGAAGGUCAGGGGGGCUCAGAGCCAUUAGUCGCUGUGUAAACAAAAGGUGGACACCUCCUAAUCUGAAGUGCGAACGGAAAUCAUGUGGAUCUGCAGGGGAAAUUUUGAAUGGCCAUUAUGAAUACGCUGGUGCCUUGUAUGGAGAUACAGUUUCUGCUGUUUGCAGCGAGGGGUACACACUGAUAGGGCGUGAUUACAGACAGUGCCAGGACCAAGGCUGGGAUGGAAAAGCUCCUCUAUGUGAGGCUGUGAAGUGUGCUGUCCCUCCUGAAGUGGUUAAUGCAGAGAGGACGGGUGACCCGGACGGGCCCUUUGUGUACAGCACUGCCAUUCACUACCGAUGUCGCCAAGGGCAGCUGAUUGGCCAAAGAGAGAUAUACUGUACCAAAAAUGGGACGUGGAGCGCCCCUCCCCCAGAGUGUAUUGAUGUUACGUGCCCUUCUCCCUCCGUGCGAUUUGGAAGAAUGACCAAUAGACGUCACCGUCAGUAUAAGUACGGAGAUUACGUGUCUUUCCAAUGCACUGAAGGUUAUCUUCUGAUGGGAGAAAGCCAGGUUAUGUGUGGACGGACAAGUCAAUGGAUUCCCCAGCUCCCACAAUGUGAGAGAACUCCCAACUUUGUAUACCAUCCAAUGGUAUACAAGACUAGGUCCCAGAGGUAUUAUAAAUAAAUAUGUGCAACAAAUGCUGUAAACAAAAAAAUAGUUAUUGACAUAAGCUUUAUUUCCCAGCAUGCAUAAAGUAGUGUGCUUUAUUAAUGAUCCAAUGAAAUCAACCAAAGUCAAUUUACACAUAAAAAAAAUAUUUCCCCACAAUUCCACAAUUAUUGGCACCCCCUGGUUUAAUACUUUGUGCAAACACCCCUGGCAAUGACAGCUAUAAUUUGGGAUAAGUUUAGAGACAUUGGGAACAAUUUUUGACCGUUCCUCCAUACAGACCUUUUCAGAAUCAUUGAUAUCCUUGGAAUACCCCCCUCUUCAUUUUAGACCCUACGUUUUUCAUGGAAUUUAUGUCUGGAGACUGAGAUGGCCAUUGCAGAACAUGGUUUUUGUUUUUACUUAACUAUUUCUGUGUGGAUUUUGAUGUAUGUUAGAGUCGUUGUCCUGCUGGACAAUUUACCUAUGACUAAGUCUCAGCUUCCUAGCAGAGGAAGCCAGAUUUUCUGCCAAGAUUUCCUGGUACUUUGUUGAAUUCAUUGUGCCAUUGAUCUUAAAUAGUGCCCUUGACUGGCAGUAAAACAUCUCCAAAACAUCAAUGGCCCACAGGCAUAUUUGACUGUAGGUAUGAGGUACUUCUCCUUGUAUGAUUUCAUAUUGGUUGUGAUUUAUGCUCUAUUACAUCUGUUCACAUGACUAUCCAUUUCCUUACACUAUAAUAAAACCUUUUUAAUAUUGACUUUUAA